AUGAAAAAUGGAGAAGGAGUAGGGGAAUUGGAAUUGGAAUUGGAUGAAAUGGGGAAGCUGCUGAAGGGUAGGAAUGACGAGUAUGGAGGUGUGAUCGUCCACAUGGAUGAUGAUGAGCCUUUGGACACUCCGACUUUCGUUUCAUCUCUCAGCUCUUCAAUCGCGCUUUGGAAGCAACAGGGCAAGAAGGGUGUUUGGCUCAGGUUGCCUAUACAACAAGCCAACCUUGUUGAGGCUGCAAUCCAGCAAGGAUUCUGGUACCACCAUGCGGAGCCUCAUUAUUUGAUGCUCGUCUAUUGGAUCCCCAACUCUGCUCAUACUCUCCCUGAAAAUGCCACUCAUCGUCUCGGAAUUGGUGCUUUUCUCAUCAAUCAAAACAGAGAGGUGUUGGUUGUCCAAGAGAAGGGAGGACAACAUGGGGGAACAGGCCUGUGGAAGCUCCCUACUGGAGCUGUGGAUGAGGGGGAAGAUAUCUAUGCAGCAGCUGUGAGAGAAGUUAAAGAAGAAACAGGAAUUGACUCCGAGUUUGUGGAAAUUCUAGCUUUCAGACAGAUCCAUAAGUCGUUCUUUGAGAAGUCAGAUUUGUUUUUUCUAUGCAUGUUGCGGCCCCUCUCCUUUGACAUCCAGAAGCAGGAUCAAGAGAUAGAAGCAGCCAAGUGGAUGCCGUUUGAGGAAUAUGCAGCUCAACCAUUUGUCCAGAAAUAUGAGUUUCUGAGGUACCUCCAUGACAUAUGCAAAACAAAGAUAGAUGGGAACUAUACUGGAUUUUCUCCUAUACCUACAACAACUUAUUCUGUACAGAAGAGCUACUUGUACUUAAAUAGUGCCCAAGCACCCAACAGACAGAGUAAACUCUGAUUAUAUGUACUUCAUUCACGAAGGAUUUUGGAUCGACUGUAUACAUGAUUAUACCCAAUACAUACAACAAGUUAUGUCCGGAGGGAAGCACCCUAGAGACACAAUAAACUCUGAUUAUCAGGUCGAUCCCUAGAAGAUUCUCAUUCUGUAAAUAACAAAUGCAUGUAAUUUUUGUAGUUU